GUCUCAUUAUGGCCAGUAUAUUUGAUAAUAAACGAGUUGCCAUCAGAUGAAAGAUUUUUGAGGAAGAACAUGAUUCUGUGGGGGAUAUGGCAAGGGAAUGGAAAACCAAAUAUGACGACAUUUCUGAAACCAAUGGUUACAGAUUUAAUUUCACUACAAGGUGAAGAAAUGGUGUUAAGACUCAAUGAAGAAAACAUUAUCUGCAAGGUAGUUCUGAUAGUGGCAACAAUGGAUUUACAGGCUAGGGCCGCUGUACUUCACAUGACACAACACAAUGGAAAGUUUUCAUGUGUUUUCUGCCUUGAACCUGGAAAAGUGGUCAAAAGUUGUAAGGGGCAUUGUAGAUGUUUCCCAUACAGUCCAGUCCUGAAUCUUCGUUCAGAUAAUAUGAUAAUGGAAGAUAGCAAAAAUGCUCAAAAAUCCAAAAACCUGAAAACUAACAUUAAUGGUUUUACUGGGGAAAGUGUAUUGAACUAUCUACCAAAUUUCAGUCUAAAGGACAAUAUUGUUAUUGAUUAUAUGCAUGGCAUCCUACUUGGUAUCACCAAAAAACUACUCAACUUUUGGUUUGAUUCAACAUAUUUUGACAGACCACACUUUAUUGGGCAUAAGAUGAAAGAAAUAGAUGUCAUACUGAAGAAAAUAACCCCGCCAUACCUUGUGAUUAGGUUACCACGAAAGCUAUCCAACACCUUACACCAUUGGAAAGCAUCAGAGCUACGUUCCUGGCUUCUAUAUUACUCAAUACCAUGCUUGAAAGGACGACUUCUGGAUGUUUAUCUCACUCACUACAGCUUAUUAGUUGAAGCAACUCAAACACUUCUUGGAGAAGGAAUCACAGAAGAUGACCUGCAACGCUCAGAUCUUCUACUUCACCAUUUUGUUAAAUCAGCAGACACAUUGUACGGUGAUAAUUUUCUCGGUUUGAAUGUUCACAAUUUGCUUCAUAUUGUUCCCUGUGUAAGAAAGUGGGGUCCAUUGUGGGCAUGGUCCUGUUUUUGUUUCGAGUCUUUCAACGGGGAAAUAAAAAAAAACAUUCAUGGAACUGGAAAUGUGUGCAGGCAGAUAUUUUGGUACCUUCAAGCUCAAAAACAGAUAGAGAAAAAAGCAUCUGAACCUGGGGAUGGAGCUGUGAAAGACUUUCUCCGGGAAAUGACUGGCCAUUGCAGCAGUUCUAAAACUGGAUUGGACGCUUACCAGUGUUUGGUAAAGGGGAAGUUAAAUGAAGGACCUGCUGAACUCCCACAAGUCCAAGAAAAAAAGUUAUUUGAACUUUCAAACAAAAACUCCAUGAAAGAAUUUUCGAAAGCUUCCAAAAUUGUCAGAAAUGGCUUCAUUAUGUAUUCGAAAGCUUGUAAAAAAGUUCAGAAAAGAAAUUCUUUUACAAUUCGCACAUCCGGUAACACUGUGGUUGAAGUACACUAUUAUUUGAUGGACAAUACAUCUAGACAUGUAUAUGCUGUAUGUACAAAGCUAGACACUACCUGUGCCGUGAUUGAAAGACGUGUGCCUCAUAUUCGACAAGCAAGAACUGUACAAGAUGUCGAGCUCCAUAUCAUGAAAGCUGAGGACUUACAACAGCUUGUUGUCAACUUUAAAGUGAAUGAUCAGCAGUUUGUAGCCUUCAUCCCAAACACCAUAGAAAGAGACUGAAAUGUCUAAAGUUCAAAACAUGGCAAGAUGGUCUCGCUUAGAAUAAAGUAAAGUAAAGUGGUAAUUCAUAAUACAGACUCAAUACCAUGUUAGUGAACUUCAGUAUCUAUAAAAUAUGAUUGAAUAAUGAUAUUUAAACAAUGAUUCAACUUUUCAACUGUGAUAGACUGUUUAUAACAAAAGUUGCAAUAUUUACAUCCACUACAAAGUCU